UAUUUUGUGUGAGAUGUUCCUGUGUUAUGGUUGGCAGGUGGCCAGGACGCCUUGCUUAUGUGGCGUCGCGACCGGGCGCUUUAACGGUCCUGAAACUCCCGUUGGAGGCGGCAUUGCCGUACCGCAUGCUGUUGGUUACAUUAUGAACUACCUUUUUCUUGGAAAUAUGUAUCGCCGUUCUUUAGAAACUCCGGAAAGACAGAUGCAAUAUAUCAGAGAUACCAGGAUUACCGGAAACCCCUACAAAGUCGCGAGUCUGGAGACAAUUCCUGACGAACAAGAAGUUGAUGGUGAAGAUGUGAAAUCAAAGUGAAACGUGUUGGCGAAUGCGUGGACUGACGAACAAAAAGUUGAUGGUGAAGAUGUGAAAUCAAAGUGAAACGUGUUGGCGAAUUUGUGGACUAGUUUGAAAAUUGAGUUUUGAGUGUGAGUUGUUGAGAAUUUUUUCCAUUAUAUGUUCUUCUAAGGUCUCGGAAAUGGUUUAAUGCUUUUAGACGGAAUAAACCAAUUAUUUUUGAAGCUUCUAAUUCGUUUUUCUCGUUAUGAAAACCAAUUUUCAACAUCUUUAUUUUAGAUAUUCUCAAUAAUCGACCAAAACUAACGUGAUAAAUUUUUGUCUAUUCUCUACUCGAACGGAUUGUUUCGGUAGUUUUUAUCAUUUUAGCAUUUUCAAGUUGUAGUAAAUUCUGACGGUCAUGUCAUACGUCAAUCAGUAAAGGUGUUGUUUCGCAAAAUUGUACCUAAAAACUAAUAUGUAUAUAGUAUGUAUGCAUAUGUUGAUAAACUUCUGCAAUUAUUCAUUUAUUAAUCACUCGCAAGCAUUCACAAAACUAACCAAUAAUUUUAUAA